UCGUUUCCUCCCGAAACUAUAAAAUGAUUUUACAUCAAAAUUUUGUUUUAUUGAAUUACCGAUUUAUCCCUCUACCCUCUGCCGUUUCUAUAGAAGCUUGCUCAGUCAACCUCCGUACUCUCCCCACUAUUCUCGUCCAUUCGCGUAACGCCGCUCUCCUUCCCCCUCUCUUCUUCAAAACUCUAGGCUCCUCCAAAAACCCCAACCACCCCCUUGUUCUACUCUCUCUCUCUCUCUCUCUCUCCUCGAAACCCUAGCCAUGGCGUCCCUCACCGCAGCCGCUCCCAUUAACGGCGAGCGUCGUCUCCUCUCUCCCUUCCGCUCCGCCGCCCUCAAAGCCCCGUCUCAUCCUCCCCCGGCCCUUCGCAUCGCCGCCGCCCCUCCCCGCAAAAUGAGGCUCCACAGGGUUUCUAGGGUUAGGGCUUCCUCCAUUUCCGACGCCCCGAGCCCCCUCCUCCGCACCCUCCGCUCCGCCGCCUCCGGCGCCGUCGUCCUCGCCGCCCUUCUCUCCGCCAAGCUCUCCCCGUCGCCGGCGAGGGCCGAGCCCUCCGCGCCGCCGCCGCCGCCGCCGGCGACGGAGGAGAGGUUAGAAGCCUCCGGCGAGGUCGAAGCCCCGAAGACGGAUUCCGAGCCGUCCCCUCUCUCCCAGCUUCUCGACUCCAACCCCGACGCCGUCCGCUCCGUCCUCUACAAGACGCUCGAGGACGGCGACGACGCCGAGGCCCUCUCCCUCCUCCGCCGCCUGAUCGGCGCCCGGCCCUCGGAGCCCGAGUGGAAGCUCCUGGCGGCGCGGCUCCUCUGCGAGGUGGGGGACGCCGCCGAGGCCCGCCGCCUCCUGGAGGAGGUCCUCGCCGCCGACCCCCUCUCCUUCGAGGCCCUCUUCGAGAACGCCGUCCUCAUGGACCGGUGCGGCGAGGGCGUCGCGGCGCUCGAGCGCCUGGAGCGCGCGCUCGAUCUCGCGCGCGCCGAGCACAAGGAGAGGGCCGCGCGCGACGUGCGGCUGAUCAUCGCGCAGAUGCAGUUCCUGCAGAAGAAGGUGGACGAGGCCCUGACGAGCUACGAGGAGCUCGCGCGAGAGGACCCCAAGGACUACCGGCCCUACUUCUGCCAGGGGGUCAUAUACAGCUUGUUGGAUCGGAACACGGAGGCGAGAGACAAGUUCUCCAAGUACCACGAGCUCUCCCCCAGGAACUUCGACGUCGAUGCCUACCUACAAAUGCCGCUCUCCAGGAUCAAGCUCUUCGGGACCGACGAUUCAAACGCAUAAUCUCGCCGCGGCGGCGGCAGAAUGGAAUAAACGGCGAGAGGUUGGUUUGCCUCUCAAACUGAUGCCUUUUUUCUGUUUUUUCUCCGGCGAAAUUUUGGUAGUGUGAGUAUACUCCGGUGGAUAAUACUCUGGAAAGGCCUAAACAGCAAGUUUUCUAGUAUCAGUAUCGUUUCUUGGUUCUUGCACUGAGAAGAGGUUUCUUCCAUGCGUCGAAUUCAACUUUUGACGCUAACUUCUCUUGCAUUUCACAAUAGCUAGCUGUAGUGAUAGGUGUUUUCCAUGCAUUUAUCCUCUUCGGGUGAUCAAGAAGUUUGAAGCGGCCUUUGAUACCACAAGAGCUGUCGCCCGCCCCCCAGACAUUGCUCGCUCGAUUCGAAAGCAUAACGACAGGUCACGUCGCUUAAGAAAUUCUCUCUUUUUUUAACACAAUAUGUUUGACAUAACUACAAUAUCACAGACAAAUAUUAAUAUCCGGAAAGUUUUAUAAUAAUGUCCUGAUCAUUGAAUUA